UACUAAAGAUGGAGUCAUGGCUUCUACCUUUUGUGAAGACUGCUCCCGACUGCUCAAAGAAUUUGUUGUUCAUCUGAGGAACUUCUGCAGAGAAUUUUGGCAGGAAAUAAGAGACAUUUUCAGGGAGCUGUCUCAGUGCACGUGCUUCAGGACUACACCUGAGAGGAGUUUCCUGAGGAGGACGACUCAAGAGCUGUCCUCUUUACACCUGCUGUAUGAUGAUGAAACUCAACUACUUAAUCAAGAAAGUCUGCAAACACUGAGCAGACUUGCAGCCUCAGAGAACACUGAUCUUCAAAUGACUGCUUCCUUGUAUUAUUUACAUCUCAGUCAUCACUUGAAAUCCCCUCUACCAGAUGCCUUCAUGGAGCCAGUAAUGGCCUUACUUCUAUCAGCAGACCUAGAUGUGCAGAAGACUAUCUCACUCUCGUUGGUCAAUCUGUUAGUCAAGGACAAUGUAUGCAAAGAGUUGGUGAUUGAAAUGGGGAUGCUGGUGCCCAUACUGGAGUUGUUCCAGUCUGGUGAUGCUGCUGCUCAGUGUCACUCAUGUGCCUGCGUCGCCAUGUUGGCCUCCUCAGAAUCAAACAGAGAGGCCAUCAUGGCGGAUGGAAUCAUACCGCUGUUGGCUUUAGCAAAAUCCUAUGACCCACAGGUGCAACAGAACGCCACUUGGGCUCUGUUACAUCUCACACAGUCAGAUUGGUCAACAAGGAUCUUAUGUCAGGCAGGAGCCAUUCCUGUCCUGGUACUCCUGCUGCAGUCCUCAGAUUCAGAGGUUCAGUUUCACAGCUGCACUUCUCUGUGCAACAUCGCUGCCGUCCAGGAGCAUCAUCCAAAGUUGCUCAACAUCGGGGGUCAUUUUUUGUUAAAGUCACUUCUGACUCUUGUGUCUUCUCCUGUGCAAAAGAAUUCAGCCCAAGCAUGUAGAUGCCUUAAAAUGCUCUCAAAGAACGUUCUGAUCCAGGAGCAGCUGGUGGAGCUCGACUGUGUGUUGCCUCUGAAGGCGCUGCUAAAAACGUCGUCUCCUGUGUGGACAGAGUCAGCCAUAACACUCCUGUCUACACUGUCUGCACACCCACCAAACAAUGAUGUCCUGGUGAGUGAAGGUCUGUUGGAUGACGUCGGUCAGCUGCUUCAUCAUCACACAUCCAGCUCUGUUAUAGUCACACACAGCUGCAAGAUAAUCACUGACCUGUGUAGCUCCAGUCUGGGUCAGCAGGCUGUGAUGGAAAGUCUGUGUUUAUCGGGACUCCUAGGGGCUCUUCUGUCUCGGUCUCUGUCAGAUGACACCUUGCUGCAUGUGACAUCGUGUUUACAUCACCUGGUGAGCUGGGAUCCACUUAAGUCUAAACUGUCUGUGACAAUAACAUCAGAGCAAGUUUCAAGACUUGUGAGGCUGUCGGGACAAAUGCAAACUCCUCAGCUGACAUACAACAGUGCUGCUAUCAUCAGCAAACUAGAAAUGACUGGAGAAAUGGCCCAGUUGCUGAGACCUCACUACAUUACCAUGUCCGAGUACCUGUUGGUGUUUCUCACAAAGAAAGAUGUGAAAUUCCAGCAGCUUGGCAUAGUUACAGUAUUCAACCUCAAGAAAGAUGGAGAGUUUUCCUCUCUGCUGGCUAACAGUGAGCUGGAGGCUCAGCUCUGGAAGGUGCAUGCACAAACAGAGGAAACCAGACGGCUGCUGGAAAUGAUUCAGCCCCUUUCUCCAUCUUCUGUUCACCCUUGACUUUUUCAGCA